CGCCGUCCGCCGUCAGUCAGUCGGAGACCGUCGAGGGGUGAGGGUACGGUGAGCUGUGGACGCUUGAAGUGUGUUGAACCGGACUGUGUGUGGCGAUACAGCUGUCACUAGUGUCAAAGCUGUCAGACGGUGCGGUGCGGUCAGCGGUGGAGUGCCUCGUGUUGAGUGCGUGGACUUUUGGAGUUGUGUCGAUUGGAGCGUGUUACGGAGUCAGAGUGGAAACUAUUCGAGGUGACGUCUGCCGGUCAUUGAGGUGAAGUGAGGUUGAUCAUCCGUUACUAAGGCAGCACCCUGUUGAUUCAGGCAGAGGUGACGGCGCCACGGACGAUUAGCGUGACCUCCGGUGACCCCUGGUGACCUCUGCGAUGACGCAGCAGGGCGGCGGUCGGACCGGCUGGGCGAGAACGGACCCUGUCCGUGUUGGGGUCAGUCUGCCAGCGCGGGCGGUGGGCGGGGUCAACAAUAUGCCUUCCCGACCGGUCGGCUCCAGCCUGCCGGCCCCGGUGAGGGUCAGACAGGCGCCCGCCCCCGCCCCCGCUCCUACCGAACCCGAGGACGAGCUAGACCAGUUGCGGCGCGAGUUUCGGCGCCGGAUCGGCAGCGACUCGGACGACGAGUUCGAGGCAUUUGUCAGCAAGACCCAGCAGCGCUUCCAGCAGAUGUUCGCAGACAGCGAGAUGCAGGGAAUGAAGAGCCUCCAAGGUCUGCAAGGGAUGCGGCUGGGCCGGGACGAUCCGUUCAGAGAGAUCGGCGCUAAAAACGGCGGAUCCCCAUUAGCAUCGAGUAAGGCGCGGCUGGCGGGGGCCAAGGACCUCCAACCGGCGCCGGCGCCGCUCAAGGACUCUGUCUCCCCGCGCCGCAUCGGCGGACCCUCGCUGUUCGACAAGCAGAGUUCGCUGCUGGAUGGCCGUAGUUCUCUGCUGAACGGCUCGUCUCUGUUGGACGGGAAAUCCCUGCUCGAUGGAAGGUCCAUGCUGGACGGUUCGUCUCUGCUGGGCGGCAGGUCACUGCUGACCAGCCGUCUGGGAAGGUCGGAGGACAGCCCAGGUCUGAGUGACGCUCUGGUGAGUCGCUCCGGCGGCGGUCCGCUAUCGAUGCCGUCCCGUCUGCCGUCCGGCGUGCAGCAGACGUUCCAGUCGUCCUCCACGAGCACGACGGUGACUUCGAGCGGCGGCUGGGGUCAGCCGAGCGUGACCCGGGUCACUCGACAGCAGCAGCAGGAGCACACUCACAGCGACGGCUCGGAGGUCCGCCAGCAGCGCGCGCACAAGACCGAGGCUGCCACGGUGACCCAGCGCGGAGGUCGUACACAUGUGGACGCCCAGCGACAGGAGCUCUCGCACGACCGGGCCGUUCACGUACGUCCGGACGGCGCGGCGCACGUUACAGAAGAGGUGGCCGCGUCGGGAGGCUCCCGGCGUGGUGUGUACGAGGCCAGCGACAACGGACCGCGCCAGGUCUCGCUGAGCGGUAACGACUACAACGUGCGCGCCCAGCUUGGGGUGCGUCAGGCCCUGGGCGGCGGCGGAGGAGACGGUCAGAUGGUGCCGCUGGAGGGGGUCAGCGGGCCGCUCUGGAGGUUCUUCGACGCCGGCCCGCUGAUCCAGCCGCCAGGGAUGCGACUCAAGUACAAGAUCAACGUGCAGGCGUCUCAGAGCUCCUUCACUUGCCUCGACGGCGAGCUGCCAAAGAUCACGGGUAACCAGAUCGCCUUCGAGGACUCCUACGGCUCAGAGUCUGAGUCGGACGACGACGAUGACUUCACGCCAGCGCUGGCCGGCGGCUCGCGGUCGGGUCAGCUGGGCUGGACCGGCCGGCCGGCGCUGGGCGGCUCACCUCGCACCGCUCAGCGUCAGCUGGGCUGGUCCAACAAACCAGCGCUGCCGUGGCGGCCUCCCAGCCGGGCUGGCUCGGCGGAGCCCCCUCCGCGGGUGGAGAUCACUGAGGUCCCCGCGGAGCCGGCCUCCGAGCGGCCCCUGCGGCGCCACCGGCCGCUCUGUCGCCUCCGGCCGUCCGGGUCACCGCCAGGGGCGGACCCAGGCUCGGCUGCGGGGGCGGCGCCGGCGGCAGCCCUGCCGUGGCGGUCGGUCGCGCGGCCGCCGUCACUGGCGCCCUCAGAAGCGCCCUCAGUAGAGUCUGAGAGUGACCUGGAACAGAGCGAGGUGGACUUUGAGCAGUUGGAGCGGCAGCGGCGCGAGCGGCUCAGAAAGAUCGCUAACGAGCUGCUCACCACGGAGAGGAAAUAUGUUCAGGAGCUGCACCUCAUAGACCAGAUCUUCCGGCGUCGGGUGGAGGAGGAGAACCGCAAGCAGCACCUGUUCAACAAUGACGUCACCACGCAGAUGUUCCUCAACAUCCAGUCGAUCCACCAGUUCCACCGGGACCACCUCCUGCAGGAGCUGGAGGCCCGGCUCAAGGACUGGGACAGCAACCCCAGGAUAGGUGACAUUAUGAAGAGGUCGGCGCCGUUCCUGAAGAUGUACACCGAGUACGUCAGCGGCUACAGCAACGCCAUGAACCUCAUCAACACCUACCAGCAGAAGUGCCCGCAGUUUGCUGCCAUCAUGGACCAAAUUCAUGAGAUGGACGAGUGUGUGAACCUGCCGCUGCAGCACCACGUCAUCGUGCCGGUGCAGAGGGUGCCUCGCUACGAGCUGCUGCUCAAGGACUACCUGCAGAAGCUGGCCGCCGACUCACCCGACCGCGCCGACGCUGAGCAGGCACUGGAGCUGGUCACCCAGGCUGCGAGACACAGUAACGAUACCAUGAAGCGGGUCGACAAGUUCAAGCAGCUGCUGGAGAUCCAGGAGAACAUCAGUGGCGGGCCUGACCUCGUGUCGCCAACCCGCGAACUCCUGAAGGAGGGCAAAAUCUGCAAGAUUUCUGCACGAAGCGGCGACCAUCAGGAGCGCUACCUAUUCCUGUUUUCGGACCUGCUUCUGCUCUGCUCCGCUCGGCUCAUCAACAAACGCAUCAUCUCUGGGCCGGCGUUCCGUCUACGGGCCAAGUUCAGCGUCGAGGGUCUGCAGGUGCUCGAGGGGGACAACCUGGAGACGCUCAACACGUUCUACAUCAGCGGCAGCAACAAGAACGUCGAGCUCUACACACAGACUGCUGAGGAGAAGGCAGAGUGGCUGGAGGCCCUCUCUCGCGUGGUGAGCGCAUACUAUGAGCGCCGCUCCUCGCUGAAGGGACCGGACUCGGCCCCCGACCCCAGCCAGGUGGGACAGACGGCCCCACAGCUCGUCAGCGCUGAACAGGCCAGUCGCUGCGCCGUCUGUGACGCUCCCUUCUCCGUGAUGAGGCGCAAACACAACUGCCGAGCGUGCGGGGAGGUGGUGUGCUCAAAGUGCUCGGGCAACAAGGCUCCCCUGGCCUAUGAAGGAGGUCGGCCGUCUCGAGUCUGCGAUCACUGCCACCGUCAGCUGACUGCGCAGAGGAGCGACGGCAGCGCCCCUGGCGGCCGACGGGGAAGUGUGCUAGACGCCACCUACCGGCGAGGAAAGGGCGCACUCCACGUGGCAGCCUCGGAGCCGAGUCUGCUCAGCGGCGAGCUGCAGCUGCGCUGUCGGCGCGCCUGGGUGCGCCGCUGGUUCUGUUUGCGCGCCAACUGCGCGCUCUACAUGUACAGUUCGGAGGACGCGGUGACGGCGCUGGCCGCCAGCCCCGUGCCGGGCUUCACGGUGACCUGGGCCGGGUCAGGGCGAGCCGACCUGGGCGUGGCCGAGAAGGAGAAGGAUCGCGCCUUCCGACUAACGCUCGGAAAACGGAGCUACACCUUUCUUACUGACAACAAGGAGGAUUUGGCCAGGUGGAUUGCAGCACUGCAGAAGGCGUCACGAGCUGAAGUUCUGCCAAAAUCCUGAAGGACGUCAGCCGUAAGACCUCACACCGAUCGGGACAGGUCACGCUGACUAAGCUCGAACCGAACACACCGUGCUGACUGCUGAGCACGAUACAUUGGUGCAGCGCCUGCGCCAUUGUGGCUGCGUUUACGUGCGCGCGUGUGUGGUGGUGUCGGUGUUUUGAUUCGCCGGAGACCUGAGCUUCCAUGUCGCUCGAACGCCGAGAGAGCGUGCUUUGCUGUGUCUACAUACCACGUAUUUGCUAGUCCGCCCUGCUCUUUCUAUAUCUACAGGUGUUGCGUCUGAUGCUCUCUCAGGAUUGGCCUCCUGGAUGAAGGUGAUGUAUUAUCGUGUUUAAUGUAAUCGGUCUGGUUUGGAUGCGACAUUUCGUCCAUAUGAUGUGCUGUUUGUACGUAGCGAGUGUCUAUUGAAUGCAUUGUCCUGAAUAGAAAUUAGAAUAGAGUUCAGUUGGCAA